UUUCAUUUAAAGAUCCGUUCCCCCAACGGCUUCGUGAGCCGAAUUCAAAUUCAAAUAAGUUUCCAUCCUCUCUCUCAAAAAAAAGAAAAAUGUUCCCCAUCCCUCGUUCCCCCUCUCUCUCCCUCUCUCCAAUGGCGACCACCAAUACCUUUCUCAGCACGCCCUCCAAGACCCCCUCCGACAAGUCCCACCCCAACCCCGUCUCCGAUCGAUUUUCUCGGUUCGAGGCCUACAACCAUCUCCAGGCGGCCUUCCGGGAGAAGCUGCCGAUCACAGAUAUCAUGGCCCUGGGUGGCCAAUCCGACGGCAAGAGCUCUCUCCUCGAAGCCCUCCUUGGGCACCCGCCGCCCCCUCAUUCUCUAGAUGGUCCACGACCCCUCCGCCCUCGAACCCCGCUGCCGCUUGCAGGGAGUCUUGUUUCCAUCCAUCUGGAGACAGCAAGCGAAAGUACAACCCAACCCGCUACCGGUAGCCCAGAUUUUAUACAAAGAUUGGCUGGAUAUGGCAAAAAGUCAGUUCGCAGGAUGAUAGAGGGUUCCAGCUGUUCCUAGUCAGUGUUCAGUAUAAAUCUAGUGGCAUAUUACGUUAUGAGCGUGUAUUUGGACAUGGUUUUGUGAGCACAUGAGGGAUAGGAAUGCCUUACUGACUGCGCCUGCUCUCUCUACUAAUGGCAGACACUUACAAUGCUGUCCCCUCAUGAGGUUCAAGGAUUGAUUUAUUCGGUUGAAAAUGUUACUGCAAAGUUUCACAUGGAACAAAAGGCUUAUCUCUUGGAAGAUGAGAGUUUUGUUCAGGACCAAAAGGCUUAACAUGUGCUCAAUAUGGUAUUGUCAUUUUGGGGAAUCCUACAGUCCUGGGCAAACAGCCACCGUGGAAUAGUUUAUUGACACACUACAAGGUAUUUCUCUGUUUUUAUUUUUUAUUUUUUUUAUGUUACUUGUUUUAUGUGAUUGUGGGUUUUCUAAGCUUCUAUUUUAUUGUACUUGCUAUGUGCCGGAAU